ACAUUCCAGAACCUAGAAGAAUCCACUGCGGACAUGAGGUGGCUGGCGGUGGUCAUUCUCCUCGGCUCCUUCGUCUGUCCAGCGUCCACCGACCAGGGUUCCUGUGUCGGCCGCUGUGCUGAUGGCUUCAACGAGACCCAUAAGUGCCAGUGCGACAAUCUCUGCCACUUCUACAAGAGCUGCUGUGUGGAUUAUAGCACCGUGUGCAGGCGAGCCCACGGCGAUGUCUUUACUGUGCCUGAGGAUGAACAUGACGAUGAUGACGAUGAGUUUGAUGAUGAUAUUAAUGGGGGAGUUACAGGCUCCAGUCUUCCAUUUGUCUCGUUGAGAAAUACAACAGAACCAGAGACAGCAACAGAACUGGCAAUGGCUCUGGAACCAGAGACAGCAACAGAACUGGCAAUGGCUCUGGAACCAGAGACAGCAACAGAACUGGCAAUGAUUCUGGAACCAGAGACAGCAACAGAACUGGCAAUGGCUCUGGAACCAGAGACAGCAACAGAACUGACAAUGAUUCUGGAACUAGAGACAGCAACAGAACUGGCAAUGACUCCGGAACCAGAGACAGCAACAGAACUGGCAAUGGCUCUGGAACCAGAGACAGCAACAGAACUGGCAAUGGCUCUGGAACCAGAGACAGCAACAGAACUGGCAAUGAUUCUGGAACCAGAGACAGCAACAGAACUGGCAAUGGCUCUGGAACCAGAGACAGCAACAGAACUGACAAUGAUUCUGGAACCAGAGACAGCAACAGAACUGGCAAUGACUCUGGAACCAGAGACAGCAACAGAACUGGCAAUGACUCCGGAACCAGAGACAGCAACAGAACUGGCAAUGACUCUGGAACCAGAGACAGCAACAGAACUGGCAAUGAUUCGAGAACCAGAGACAGCAACAGAACUGGCAAUGACUCUGGAACCAGAGACAGCAACAGAACUGGCAAUGGCUCUGAAACCAGGACCGAAACCCAAUGAUCUGUGUUCCGACAAAGAAUCCUUUGAUGCCUUCACUGACCUAAAAAAUGGAUCCAUCUUUGCUUUCAGAGGGGAAUACUUUUAUGAACUGGACAGUUACAGCUUUCGCGAAGGAUAUCCUAAACGCACCAGUGAUGUCUGGGGCAUCCCAGGCCCCAUUGAUACGGCCUUUACACGGAUAAACUGUGAGGGCAAGACGUACAUCUUCAAGGGUGAUAGCUACUGGCGUUUUGACGAUGGCAAACUGGAUCCAGGAUUCCCAAACAAGAUCAAGUUAGGUUUUCCCGGCAUUCCAUCAAACUUGGAUGCCUCCUUCGCAUUGCCCGCCUCCAACAUUAAUGGCAACGAGCGAGCUUACUUCUUCAAAGGAAAUCAGUACUGGCAGUACGUUUUCAAACAUCAGCCCAAACGGUCAGAGUGCCUGAAAACAUCGGAGUCUGUGCCCUUCCAGAGAUAUGCUAUAACAAUGUUGGACCCGUGGGAAAGUCUUUAUGAAUUGCUAUUUCAAAGCUCUGCAUCUGGUGAUGGCGCCAUUGGACCAGGCUCUGUCUCCCGGGACUGGCUGGGACUUCCCUCUAAUGUGGAUGCCGCGAUGUCCGGAAAGCUCUUGAUGAUUUCACAAGAUGUUCCCGAUCGACAGAGGGGUAGGAAGAAACCAAAGAAGAGAAAGGGGAAGAAAAAGAAGCAUCAUUCCUCCAGCAUGGAAUUUUACUUUCACAAGCGUCCUGGAUUGGUUCCCAGUCAGAGUAUCUACUUCUUUGCUCAAGACGAGUAUUACCGCGUGGACCUGGAGUCCAAGCAAGUGGCGCUCGUGGACCCGCCGUACCCCCGGUCCAUCGCCAGAUACUGGUUCAAGUGCCGCGAGUCGGAGUGAGACCCGGACUGACCUGAUAUCUGCAUCAACUGUGGCCAAGACACACACUGUGAACCCUAUUGGAGAGGAGGACCUCCGGCCGACCACAGCUCACACACGUACCCGAGUCCUCCACAGCAACCAAUAAACACACAAAGUCAACCUGA